AUGACGACGAGAUACCGCGUCGAAUACGCGCUCAAGACGCACAGGCGAGACCAGUUCAUCGAAUGGGUCAAAGGCCUCCUGGCCGUGCCCUUUGUUCUCUACUCGCAGCCGACGGGCGUGUUCGGCGAUGGCACCAGCGUGGCGAAGAUGGCCGACGAGGCUCAUCGGCGAUACGCAGAGAUCAUGCGCGACGUCGAGAUGAUGAUCGACGACCACAUCUCACGCCAGAAGCAAAAUCUGCUACAGGUCCAGGACGCGAACGGCAACGGCGGUGGCGUCGACAUCAACUCGCUCUUCCUCCCAACCAUUCCGUCCAAGCUGGGCAUGCUGGUCCCGACGGCCGGCCCCUUCUUCACGCGGCUGCCACUGGAGGCGGCCUUCAAGUACCAGGACCGCAAGCGCUACAUCUCGUCGCGGCGGUACGUCGCGCCGUCCUUCAACGACGUGCGCCUCGUGCUCAACUCGGCACAGAUCAUGGCCGUCACGGGCGGCGCGCUGCAGCUCGCGACCUUUGACGGUGACGUGACGCUGUACGACGACGGGGAGAGCCUGGAGCCGUCGAGCCCCAUCAUCCAUCGGCUGCUGGACCUCCUCAGCAAGAACAUCAAAAUCGGCAUCGUCACGGCGGCCGGCUACACGACGGCGGACGGCUACUACAGCCGGCUGCACGGGCUUCUGGACGCCAUCGCCGAAUCGCCGGAUCUCGACGACGCGCAGAAGCGGAGCCUCGUCAUCAUGGGCGGCGAGGCCAACUACCUGUUCCGGUUCGACCCGGCCUCGAAGCACCGUCUCGCGCCGGUCGAGCGGUCGCAGUGGUUGACGCCCGAGAUGGCCAUGUGGUCCGAGGCGGACAUCGCCGCUCUCCUCGACGUGGCCGAGUCGGCGCUGCGCGACUGCGUGCGGACCAUGAGGCUGCCGGCGACGAUUGUGCGCAAGGACCGGGCCGUGGGCAUCGUGCCGACGGAUCCGUCGGUGCGGAUCGCGCGCGAGUCCCUCGAGGAGACGGUGCUCGUCGUCCAGCGCAUCCUCGAGCUGUCGAGCCUCGGCUCUCGCGUGCAGGCGGCGGGGACGCCGAGCCAGCGCGGGGUGCCGUUCUGCGCCUUCAACGGCGGCCGCGACGUCUUCGUCGACAUUGGCGACAAGAGCUGGGGCGUGACGGUUUGCCAGCAGUGGUUCGGCCGCGGCGCCGGCCAGGCCAUCGGCGGGGAGAACACGCUGCACGUGGGCGACCAGUUCCUGAGCGCCGGGUCCAACGACUUCAAGGCUCGGAGCGUCGGCACGACGGCGUGGAUCGCGAGCCCGGCCGAGACGGUGGAGCUGCUCGACGAGCUGGCAGACUUGAUGCAGAAGAAGCUGUCGUGA